AUUUAUCAGUAACAUAAGAUAUUUGAGCGUAGGAGGAGAGGGAAGAGAUAGAUAAAGAAGAUGGCUUCGACUAUGACUUCUUCUACUUCGUGUCUUGCAUCUUUCUUUGUUUCUUCUUCCCGUAUUUCUUUGCUUCCUUCUUUAUGCUUUUCGCAGAGCCAUUCAAACUCAACUUCAUUUCCUUCUGCAAAUGUAAAGGUUGUAACUUUACCGUUUACAUCCAGAGAACGGCUCAUUACCAGAGUCACUGAGUACAAAUUCCCUGACCCAAUUCCUGAAUUUGCAGAUGCUGAGACAGAAAAAUUCAAAAACCACCUUCUUACGAAGCUUUCAAAGAAAGAUAUUUAUGGAGAAUCACUUGAAGAAGUUGUAGGAGUUUGCACAGAGAUUUUUAGCACUUUCUUAAAUUCCGAAUAUGGAGGACCUGGUACACUCUUGGUCACUCCUUUCAUUGAUAUGAAUGAUGCUUUAAAUGAAAGGGGAUUGCCCGGAGGGCCACAAGCUGCACGUGCUGCUGUCAAAUGGGCUACAGAUCACGUUGACAAGGAUUGGAAAGAAUGGACUGGUGGUGAUAGCAAGUAAUAGUGUACCUCUUAUUGUAUGUUAAUCACUUAGUUCUCUAACAACUUGUGUUGGUUGCUUAUGUUGUAAGAGCUAAAUGAGCAGUUUUGAUAUUUAUUAUUAUCUCUUAAGAUGGACAAGAAAAUGGGUAGAUAGUAAGUUCAGAAAGAUUGUUGAGAAAAAUAAUUAUUUGCUUAUUCUGAGAUCAUGGAGCUUGAAGCAUUUGGUAUAUUUUUUAUCCAGUAUUGUCUGUUUUACUUUCAAAAUCAAUUUUCAAACCCUGUGCUGUGCUGUUUCAAGUGGCUAGGCUACAUGAAGGAAAGACUUGAUGUUGUGGACUGGAAGCAGAGGGGAAGAACAUGAUACUUCUUUCCCAUCCUAUUUU